GUGAAAUGGGCUGCUCAUGGUGACAAACACAGAUAAUUCUGCUCUGCAGUUCCUCUCAGUUUUACAGUGUUUCAGCGUUUUUUCAACUUUUCGUUUCAUGGUCUGCAAUUUUAGUGUUUUGGUUCACUCUCACCGCUCUCAUCGUGUAAUUUGAUAUAGUGAUAAACCUUCUGUACACUACCUGUUCAGCGCCAAACAGCAGACAGACACAGUUAGCUGAUGAACACAGUGGAACAUUUAGCAGCUAAAGAGACAGAUAUUUCCCUCUGGACCAAAAACAAAGCUGUCAGUGUUGUCUCACAGAGCCUUACCACUGCCACCAAGUGGACAAAAAUUCAAUUAAUGCAGGUUUAAAGCAAGCUGCAACUUCCAGUGCUGGAAAAUGAAGCCAACGCAGAAGUGCUAAAAACUGCAGUUCCUCAAACGGCCAUUUGAGGCGCGACAGAGGUCAGCUUGGAAAAGCCAACCGUGAAUUUUAAAGCACCCGUUGCCCGGACCUCGCCGCUGACGGGGGCCGUGGAGUUCUCGCUGGGGACAGGAUUCUCGGGGCGACUGUCAACCUGGGCGGACUGUCUGCGAUCCCCUCGUGGGACCUCUCGGAGGUGCGCCGCGACUGGUUCAUGGCUUGGUCCUUCAAAGCAGUAUUUUUUUUAUCACAGUGAACACACUCCUGAUCAAAGUUCAAAGACAAAAACCCUGUGAAAAAGUGGAAUCUCCACCUCUUUCAACAGCUUUGUUGGAUUGGACGAAAUUCAAAGAAAACAAGGUAUAAGCAGCCAGAGCUGUUUCAGCUGAACUUCUUGACUAUAUAAAGGACAUUUAGCAGCAGCUGUGGAAACAUUCGGUCCAGCAGACAGUCCAUCAUGAGGAAUCUGGUGUUUCUGCUUUUGGUGGCUGUGGCCAGCGCUAAGGUCUACGAGAGGUGUGAAUUGGCUCGAGUGCUGAAGGCUAAUGGGAUGGACGGUUACUAUGGCACCACCGUGGCUGACUGGGUUUGUCUGAGCAAGUGGGAGUCAAAUUACAAUACCAGAGCCUACAACUACAUCAAAGGCGACGGAUCAUCUGACUACGGCAUCUUCCAGAUCAACAGCCGCUAUUGGUGUCACGACGGUCCCACAUCGAAGGGAUGCGGCUACCAUUGCCCCGAGCUUCUGACCGAUGAUCUGAUUGAGUCGAUGUAUUGUGCCAAGCGCAUCGUUAGGGAUUGGGGAAUCAGAACCUGGGUGGCUUGGCGCCGUCACUGCGAGGGCCGUGACCUCAGCUCCUUUGUGGAAGGAUGUGGUCUUUAACCAACGCCAGUGGAACCAAGUCGCUGUAAUCGACAUAAAAGUCUCCAAUCUUCAGCUGCAGUGGAUUAAAACGUUUCUACUGUAUGUAUGUUUGACCUGACAGGAGUAAAAGCUACAGACGAUUCUUUUCAAAUCAAGACAAUCCAAAUCUUUACUUUCAAUGUAUUUAGUUUAUAUGAUGUAACACAUCUAAUCAGUGAAGAGAAAUGUGGAGAUUUCAGCCUGUAUCUGUUGUUGUGUUUCAUUUCAAAACUAGAUAAAAAUGUUGAUUUCCGCGAAUGACAGUUGUUAAAUUCACAUGAAUGUUCAAACAAUAAAGAGCUAUUUCAGGUCAUUUCUUCAUGUCUGUCCUCAUCUUUUGGAGGUGUGAGAACAAAAGUUUAAAUUGAUCUACUGCUUCUAAAAAGUCUGUGCAUGUUGCAGUAAAAAAGAAAACAAACUCUAA